AUGAGCCGUAAAGCCAAAAAUGUAAUUAAAAAGGUUGAGGUUUAUUCAACAUCGAAUGAGGAUAGCGACGAAAAGGAUGAAGGUCCUACAACUAGCAAAAAUGCAGCUGUCGCCUCCUCAAAUGGUGACGAAGGAGAAAGCAUGGAAACUGAGAGUAGCCAGAAAAUUUGCGAACUCAGCGAAGAGGACGAGGAAAAGAUGUUGGAGCUAAGUCGUCUGCCACCGCCUGCUCUUAUCGCCUACAUAGAGGAUCUGGAGACACAGCUCUACGAGCUCAGUCAGCGCGAGGCCCGCGAGUUAUCCCGCACCAAAUACCUGCGGAUGUUCUCCAACAACCGACGUCGUUCUACUAAGUGAGCGCUGACUAUUAAAUGUCAAAGCCUGCCAGAUGGCUGUCAUGCAAAUCUGCUUAGCUGAUUACAGAGGGCAGACCCUAUGUCCAUUAUACAUACCCAUAUACAUAUGUAUGUACAUUACACAUGAUAUCAAAUAAAUGGCCAUCAAUGAAAGCAUUGCGAAUACAGAA